AUGAUGGAAUCAUCAUCCGACCAAACGAGUCAUGAUUGGAAUGUUCCACGAAACGAGUCAUUACAAUCAUCCAUGAUGAUGAUGAUGAAUCAUGGCAUCUUAUUAUCCUCUUGCACAUCAUUGUCCUCCUAUUCCUUUGUCACGGUCUAUGAGUUUGUAUUUAGAGAGAGUAAAUUCACAACCGUACAACAGUCACAUGCCAACAACAAUGAAACGAUCAAGGAUUAUGUCUUUCAAAAGAAAAGUCACGGAUGGUUGGAAUAUUCCAAACAAUCCAAUGGAUUUCUUCAAUGUAAAUCCGAAGAGAAGAUUCUACUCUUGGAUCGUCAUGAUGAAAUGUAUGCACUCGAAAAGUUAUUCGUCUUUCAUUUUACAUGUGAAAAGCCCAUUCCAAAUCAAAUGUUGUCGAGAAAAAUUCCAGAAUUUAUUGUGGCAUCUUAUGGAUCGUUUCAUGUGUCGUGUAAGCUUAACAAAUUAGGAGUGUUUAUGAUGGAUGACAGCACAUGGUGUGAAUUGCAAGAAAUUAGAAAUUACUUGAAGUUACUCAUCAGCGAUGGUCAGCUCUCAACAAAUUUAAAGAGAAAUGAUUUAAUGCUUUAUCCAUUUCUUUCAAGAACCUCACCGAAAGAUCAUUUCAUGCCCUCCUUACAAGGAUCGCUGUUUAAGGUAAUUUUCAAACUCGAUGCAGUCCGAGAAAUUGUCACAAAUCAACCACAUGUGAGUUUACAAUCUCAACUUGCUGCCCAAGAGAAGGUUCUUGAAAAAUUAGAGAAUCAAUUAGACCAUUAUGACCAACUACAAAAGAACAUUGAAAGUGCUCUCAAUAUUUCAUUUUCAGAAGAUCCUGUGCUAUUGCGAAUGGCUUUCACUCUUCCAUCUUAUUGUCAUGCCAACACCAUGAAGAGAAACAGUCACGAAAGACUUGAAUUUAUGGGAGAUGCAGUGGUUAAUCUUGCCUCAAUCACUUAUAUAGUUAGAAAUUUUCGAACGAAUACCACAAAAAAAGGUGAUUGGGUAUUUGCGAACAUGGUGAUUAUUGGAAACCAAAAUAUUGGUCGAAUAGCCACUGAAAAGCUUUCCAUUCCACCGUUCAUGUUAAAUAGCUCUGAAAACCACUCAAAGAAGUCGCCUUCAGAUGUUUUCGAAGCCAUCAUUGGUGGAUACUUUCUCUCCAAAGGAUUGGAGAAAGCAAUGCAAUUAGCAGAACAAACAAUUGUUCCUCCAGGCUUUGAAAAUACCAAAAUUUUUAGAAAAUUUGAUUCUUGGAUUCCUGAUGUGUGUGAAAAUGGAAAAAUGUGGACUCGUGACAAGGACUACUCGAAUCUGAUUGACAUGAGCAUUUUACAAGAGGCACAGGACGUGGUUGGGCAUACCUUUAAAAACAUUGACCUUUUGCAAGAAGCACUUAUUCAUCACUCGUUCAAUGAAACAUUUAUUGAGCUUUCUGGCUGUCCAGAGCAGAAGGUUUUAGAUUUCAUGCGAAAACGAGGCAUGAAAAAACACACACAAUUACCUGUGAGUCAUCUUUACAACAGCGAACAAAUGAAAAUGUUGGGAGCAGCCUUGUUGAAAUUCCUUGUGGUAGAAUUUGUUUAUAAGAGAUUCACAGAAGCUCAGCCAAAAACUUUGACCCUCGUCACACACAGAAUGAUCGGUAAAAACGAUGAGGUUUUCCAAAAAAUCUUUCACAAGUUCAGAUUCGAUCGAUUGAGUAUUAGACGAGCCCCCAUUGAGGAUCCCACUGAAGUAGCCUACGAAGUAUUUCUUGGUAUUCUCGGAGCAAUGUAUAUUGACAAUAAUUAUCGACUUUUUAAAUAUGAUUUAGAAAAGGAGUUUUUGUCACAACAGCAUUUGGAAGAGCUGGAAAACAGUACUGACUUGGCAUCGAUUCAUUUUCUUUCAAGGCAUGAUAUAAGUGUUGAUAAGUUUUUCAAGAGAACAGUCAUUGCUGCUUUUGAAGAGUGUAACAUUUCUCCUUACAACGUCCAAGUACCAAAGAAGAGUGAUCUUCAACAUCGUGUUCAAUUGAUGUACAAAGUAUCACCCACCUAUUCUCCAAACACGGUCGACAUUGAUGGUUUGAAAUUAUUUACCUGCACCAUUCAAGUUUCAUCCGACAAUCAAAUAAUUGAGCUCGCAAAAGGUUGUUCGCGAACUUCUACAGAAGAAGCAGAAAGCAUUGCCAUUGAUAAUGCUCUCGAAAAUAUAACAACGCCAGCUGCCACAAACGACCAAAAAUAA